AAAAAUUCUUCAAGAUGAAUAUUAAUAUUACAUUGUUUUUGGUAAUUUUCCUAGUUAUAUAUGUAAUAUUCUUGGAUUUUGUUCAUGGUUUAUCUGUAAAAAAUGUGAUUGAUUCUCAUGUAUUAACACAAAAAAUUGGCACUAAUCGCACAAUUAUAGUGGAUAUUAAUGGACAGGGGGAUUUUAAAUCUAUUCAAGCAGCAAUUAAUACAGUUCCAAAUGGGAAUUCCAAUUGGAUCAUUAUCCAUGUUAGAAAAGGGACAUACAGAGAAAAAGUUAAUGUACCACCAAAGAAGUCCUACAUUUUUAUGAGAGGCAAUGGAAAAGGAAGAACAUCAAUUGUAUGGUCAGAAAGUUCCACUGAUACAACCAAAUCUGCUACUUUCAAAGUUGAAGCUCCUAAUUUUGUUGCCUUUGGCAUUAGUUUCAAGAAUCAAGCACUUGAUGGUGUAACUUCAACCUCAACAAACCAAACAUCAGUAGCAGCAUUGGUGGGAGCAGAUAAAGUUGCCUUUUAUCAUUGUACAUUUUUGAGUACUCACAAUACACUUUUUGACAAUAAAGGAAGACAUUAUUAUGAGGAUUGUUACAUUCAAGGUUCAUUAGACUUCAUAUUUGGAAGUGGUCAAUCCUUAUAUCAAAAUUGUGAGAUAUUUGUAGUUGCAGAUAGAAGGGUUGAUAUUCGUGGUUCAAUAACUGCACAAAGUAGAUAUAGUGACAAAGAAAAUAGUGGAUUUGUGUUUGUUGAAGGAAAAGUGUUUGGAAUUGGAGGUGUGUAUUUGGGAAGAGCUAAUGGGGAUUAUUCAAGGGUUAUUUUUGCAAAAACUUAUUUUUCUAAGACAAUUGUACCUCAAGGAUGGACCAAUUGGAGCUCUCCAGGAUCAACAAAGAAUUUAUAUCAUGGUGAGUACAAGUGCCAUGGACCAGGGUCAGCCAUAGAAAGUCGUGCCCCAUGGUCAAAACAACUCAAUGAUAAAGAAGCCAUGGCAUUCACCUCUAUUGAAUUUAUCCAAGGCAAACAAUGGCUUCCAGCAUGGAUUUAAUUAAAUUUAAACCAUAUAUUAUAUGAACAUAAAUUAGAACUAUAUAUUAAUAUAGUAUUAUUAGCCAUGAAGUGCAUCUCUUAAUUGUAUUUUUAUGAUGCCUCUGGCUAAACACUUUUAGCUUAGAUUGAAAUACCAAUAAUAUAUUUUAUUGGUAUUUCAAAAAGUUGUGAAUAUUUUUGAGCAAACACAU